AUGGCUGUUGGUGCAAAGACUGACCAUGUCGAUGUCCUCAUCGUGGGAGCGGGUCCUGCUGGUCUUAUGAUGGCGACAUGGCUCGCUAAGUGUGGCAUCAAAACACGCAUCAUUUUCAAUGGUCAAGCAGACGGUCUUCAGUGCCGAACGCUCGAGAUCUUUGACUCAUUUGGCUUUGCACAUCGAGCUUGGAUUGAAUCUAACCACAUGCUCGAGAUCUCCCUUUGGAACCCUGACGAGAAGGGCGUUCUUCGUCGAAGCUCAAGGAUUGCCGAUACCAUUCCAGGCAUCAGUCGCUUUCAACAGGUUGUUCUUCACCAGGGUCGUAUUGAGAGAUUCUUCCUCGACGCUAUCAACGACUUCAGCCAGGGAAAAAUCGAAGUCGAGCGGGGUGUCAUGCCAACGAGCUUAGAGAUUGACCCCAAAGCUGUGGAAGACCCAGAUGCAUACCCGAUCACUGUCAACCUUCGACAUCUCAGUGAAGAAGAAGCUCAGCCAAAGCAGACGUCAACAUCUGCCAACGGUACUACUGUUCAGGAUGGCCUGUUCCGCAGCAACCUUUCGCCAGAUGACACAGCCGAUAUGCUCAAAGCAGCUGAACUCAACGACAAGGCCAACACUGUCGAGGUAGUAAAGGCAAAGUACAUGCUUGGGGCGGACGGUGCUCACUCGUGGGUCCGAAAGGAGCUCGGCUUCAAGCUCGAGGGUGAAUCAACAGAUUACAUCUGGGGUGUUCUUGAUAUUGUGCCCAUCACAGACUUUCCAGAUAUUCGACAACGCUGUGCGAUUCACUCAGCGAGUUCAGGGAGUGUCAUGGUGAUUCCAAGAGAGAAUAAGUUGGUCAGGCUGUAUAUCCAGCUUACAACAACAGCCAAGAUUGGAGAUCAGGAUUCAAGAGCUGAUCGUUCAUGGAUCACACCCGAUGUCAUCCUCGAGUCGGCUCAGAAUAUUCUCGCUCCUUACAAACUGACGUAUCGCAAGUUGGAUUGGUGGACGGCUUACCAGAUCGGACAACGCGUCGGGUCCAACUUCUCGGCGUACGAUCGGGUCUUCCUCGCUGGCGAUGCUGUUCAUACUCACAGUCCCAAAGCUGGUCAGGGUAUGAAUGUCAGCAUGCAAGAUUCUUUCAACCUUGGCUGGAAAGUCGCCAACGUCGUCAAGGGCCUUGCUAGCCGAUCGAUUCUCAAAACUUACGAGACUGAGAGGAAGGGCAUUGCUAAAGCUCUUAUCGACUUCGAUCACAAGUUUUCACGUCUCUUUUCUGGACGCCCAGCCAAGGAUAUCAUGGACGAGGAGGGUAUCAGUAUGGAUGAGUUUCGUGAAGCCUUUGAGAAAGGAAACUUGUUCGCCAGUGGAAUUGCCGUGGACUAUGGUCAAAGCAACAUUGUCGCCAAAAUUACUUCUGAUGACUCUGGCCUGAAGGACAUCGCUGUCAAGAGGCAGGCCUUGGCCCCGGAGAUCAAGCUCGGCAUGCGUAUACCCAGUGUCAAAGUUCUCAACCAGUCUGACGCUAGGCCUUGGCAUCUGCAAGAGCUUCUCCGAAGCAAUGGAUCAUGGAGACUCCUGGUCUUCCCCGGAGACAUCGAUCUCGAGAGCCAGAACAAACGAAUGAGGUCACUUUGCGACAAGCUAUCAGCCGAGUCUUCGUUCCUCAAGCGCUUCACACCGCCUUCAGCUCGAUACGAUUCCGUGAUCGAAGUCAUCACGGUGCAUGCCUCGAAACGUCAGGACCACGAGAUCUUUGACUUUCCAGAGGUUCUCCGCCCGUAUCACGAGGUUGACGGUUGGGACUACAACAAAAUAUUUGUUGAUGACGAGUCUUACCAUGAGGGACAUGGCAAACUCUACCAGACGUUUGGCAUCAAGGUUGAUCAGGGCUGUGUGGUCAUCUUGCGGCCUGAUCAGUAUGUGUCGUACCUGGGAGAUCUUGAUGAUUAUGAUGCGCUCGAUGGUUUCUUUUCUGAGUUUAUGAUAAAGCAGGAGACUGUAUGA